GCGAGAAAAGAGGAGACGAGGAGACGAGGAGACGAGGAGACGAGGAGAGGAGAGAGGAGGAGAGGAGACGAGGAGACGAGGAGAGGAGACGAGGAGAGGAGACGAGGAGACGAGGAGAGGAGACGAGGAGACGAGGGAGAGAGCGUCAGGUGACAGGUCGGAUGACUUCUUGCAGCUGAUGCAAGGUUGAGCAUGUGGAGUGUGAGAUGACGAGGAUCCGCCAUGUGUGCAAGAGGCUCCGCUCUAUUCCUCCUCCUCUUGCUGCAGGCUCAAUGCGAGGCCUCCCUGCCGCGCGGAGGGGACCAUGGCAGGCAUGAGGCACCCGGUGCGAGGAAGCGAAUGCGGGCCAGCGACGAGGGACGUCGGGACAGCAAGGCGCCGAGGGCAGGGGUCAACAGAGGAGAGCAGGGACACUCUGCUGUGUUCCUCCGAGACUCGAUCGAUCGAGUGGCUGCGAGCUCGGGCUCCCAUCCAGCGCUGCGCAAUAGCUCCGCCUGCGAUGGAGGGGGGCUGAAGGAGGCAUACCGAGGGGCGCUGGAGCAGGCGCGGAACAGGACGCGGUCCUUCCUGCACUCGGUCGAUCCUCUGCUGCUGAGAUACGCUGGGAUAGAGACAAGGGAGGACCUCGAGAAAUUUAUGAGGGACCCCUUGUGGAAGAAGAACAUCACCCGAGAGCUGGAGCAGGAGGGGGAGCGAGCCAGGGACAGGUCCAUGCUCGACGCGAUGAAGUCUGAGGCGGAUGCAUGGUGCCGCGAGCCGGAGCAGAGCUUCCAUGCAAAGAUGCAGUACAGCGCUCGGGCUGCGAACCUGGCGGAGUCGAUC